AAAGAUAAAUAAGAGUCACGUCAGGAAACGUGUUGUUGGAUUUGACGUUCACUAUUCAUCUGGUUUUCAUGAAUGAAGACGAAGAAGAAGAACACGAACAUCCUUUGCCUCGGUUACAGUAGGAAACGCUCUCAAAAAACCAGACACACAAAGCAAAGCCCAAAGGCCAAAUCAAAAGAAAACUAACCGUUAUGGCUUCAGAAGCACUGCUUGAGCUAGGUCUAACCGUAGAGGAAUUCACCGAACUGGAGAGCAUCAUCAACACGCACCACAAGUUCGCGCCAUCCCCCAAAAUCUGCACCUCCAUCAUAGCGCAGCGUAUCGAGGCUCCCGCGCACACGGUCUGGCCCCUCGUUCGAAGCUUCGACAACCCGCAGAAGUACAAGCACUUCAUCAAGAGCUGCAACAUGCGCUCCGGCGACGGCGGCGUCGGCAGCAUCCGGGAGGUCACCGUGGUGUCUGGCCUCCCUGCCUCCACCAGCACCGAGCGCCUCGAGAUUCUCGACGACGUCAACCACCUGCUCAGCUUCCGCGUGGUCGGCGGCGAGCACAGGCUCCACAACUACCGCUCCGUGACGUCGGUGAACGAGUUCAACAAGGACGGUAAGGUUUACACCGUUGUGUUGGAAUCCUACGUUGUGGACAUUCCCGAAGGGAACACCGGAGUUGAUACCAAGAUGUUUGCGGACACCGUCGUUAAGCUUAACCUUCAGAAACUUGGGGAGGUUGCCAUGGCUACCAUUCUGCACUGAUCAAGUUCAAUAUCACUCUCACACUACCUUCACUUAAUUCCUACCUUAGUUACU